UUUCAGAGUGGAGAGCAGUGUGGGAUGCUGGCUGCAGAUGGAGAGUUUGGGGAAGGGCGUUGACUAUUGGAGGGCAUAGGUAGAAUGCUGUGAAAUAUUUUUACCACACUCUUGACUUCACUUAAGCUGUAUUAACCUCGAAGUUCAGAGAACUAUUAUUUGCACAGCAGAAACACUAAAGUACAUCAACUGACUCUCCUCCUACAGCUUACCUCCCUUUCUCCUGCAUCAUCUGGACCAUGGGCAGAGGUACAAGCAGGGUUUGUGCCCUGGGCAGUCCUGGGGGAGAGGUGCUGCUGAGCUCAGAGGGGCACUGGUUCCAAGUUGUGGGGGUGCACAGGAAUCUCACCUAUGGUAGGGACUCAAAAACAGUGCCCAGUGGUGGUGGCAGCAAGUGCUGCCACCACAGCUACUACAGUAUGAUCUGCCCAUCCCAGCUGUUGCUCUUAAAGCAGUAGUGUGGUGUCUAUGCACCCAGCUGCUGCUAUAAGAGCAAUGUUGUAGAAUUGCUUUUGCUACCACAGCAUGAACUCUGAGAGGAUUGGGGGGUGGGGAAUCCUGGCACUCCUCCAAAGUUGGUGCCCAGGUCUGGUGCCCUGCUUGCCCAUCCCUAGUUCUACUGCUGUCCGCGUAUGCUUGGACCAGCCCAUCUCCAUAGUUUUAUGACUUUCCUAUGACUGCAUAGGUCUCCUUUUGGAUCUUGGGGUAGGGAGGGCUAUUCAACACCUUCCUCAAAUACUAAAAAUAUUUGUGGGAUUUUCAGGAAGCUUCACUCCAAACCCACAGGACCUCCUGGGAUAGUUCAGAAAGGAGCUUGACUUUCCCUAACAUGGAGUAGAAAGAGGAGGCCUUCCAUUUCCCACUGCAGUGGUGCCAUAGUAAGCCCAGGAGUUACUGGGCUUCAUAAUGUUUAUUACGGGCUAAGCAAUGUUGUUGGAGUUGGGUCUCACUGUGAAAAAGCAUGCAACCCUAGGAUGGGAAACCUAGCUCACGGACGGAGAUUGUGGACAGAUACCACAUGUGGACUCAACUCCACAGAGUUUUACUGCUCAUACAGUGAGAACGCAGACCUGACCUGUAAGCAGCCCAAGUGCAACAAAUGCAAUGCUGCGUAUUCCCACCUGGCUCACCUGCCCUCUGCCAUGGCUGACUCUUCUUUCCGAUAUCCACGCACGUGGUGGCAGUCAGCUGAGGAUGUACACAGGGAGAAAAUCCAGCUGGAUUUGGAAGCUGAAUUUUACUUCACUCACUUAAUCAUGGUGUUCAAGUCAGCGAGGCCAGCAGCAAUGGUUCUAGAGCGAUCUCAGGAUUUUGGGAAAACAUGGAAGCCUUACAAAUAUUUUGCCACUAACUGUUCAGCAACCUUUGGCCUAGAAGAUGAUGUGACAAAGAAAGGAGCAAUUUGCACUUCUAGAUACUCAAGUCCCUUUCCCUGCACUGGAGGAGAGGUUAUUUACCGAGCUCUGUCACCACCUUAUUCAGCUGAAGAUCCUUACAGCACUGAAGCUCAGGCACAGCUGAAGAUCACCAACCUUCGAGUGCGGCUGCUUAAGCGACAGGCCUGCCCGUGUAAGGACAAUGACCUGAAGGCAAAGCCUCAACGGUUCAUGCACUAUGCAAUCUCUGAUUUCAUCGUGAAGGGCAGUUGCUUUUGUAAUGGCCAUGCUGAUCACUGUGUACCUGUCUCUGGAUUUAAACCUGUCAAGGCAGCAGGCGUCUUCCACAUGGUCCAUGGAAAGUGCAUGUGUAAGCACAAUACAGCAGGCCUCCACUGUCAGCACUGCGCUCCACUCUACAAUGACCAGCCUUGGCAGGCUGCAAAUGGCAAAACCGGAGCCCCGAGAGAGUGCCGAUCAUGCAAAUGUAAUGGACAUGCUGACACAUGUCACUUAGACGUGGGUGUGUGGCUAGCAUCAGGGAAUCGCAGCGGUGGAGUCUGUGAUAACUGUCAGCACAACACAGAAGGACAGCACUGCCAACGUUGCAAGCCAGGCUUUUACCGAGAUCUCAGAAGGCCUUUCUCUGCUCCAGAUGCCUGCAAAAUGUGUUUCUGCCAUCCUGUUGGAUCAGCUAUACUUCCCUUCAGCACAAGUACCUUCUGUGACCCCAGCAAUGGUGAUUGCCCCUGCAAGCCUGGAGUGGCAGGUCCUCAGUGUGACCAGUGUAUGGUGGGAUACUGGGGCUUUGGAGAGUAUGGUUGCAGGCCAUGUGACUGUGCUGGAAGCUGUGACCCACUUACAGGUGACUGCAUCAGCAGUGCAGAUAUAUACUGGCAUCAUGAGAUACCCGAUUUCCACGCAGUGUUUAAUGAAAGUGAGCCAAGAUGGGGAUGGGAAGAUGAACAAGGAUUCUCAGCUCUUCGGCAUUCAGGUAAAUGUGAAUGUAAAGAACAAGUUUUAGGGAAUCCCCAGGUCUUCUGUGGAAUGAAGUAUACAUAUGUGGUAAAAACAAAGAUUUUAUCAGCUCAUGACAAGGGCUCCCAUGCAGAAGUCAACGUGAAGAUCAAGAAAGUGUUGAAAUCAACAAAGCUUAAAAUUCUCCGAGGAAAGCGGACUCUCUACCCAGAAUCCUGGACUAACAGAGGCUGUACUUGUCCAAUCCUUAAUCCUGGCUUGGAAUACCUUGUAGCAGGGCAUGAGGAUGUCCGGACUGGCCGACUGAUCGUCAACAUGAAAAGUUUUGUCCACCAAUGGAAAUCAGCUCUCGGAAGAAAAGUCCUGGAGAUUUUAAAAAGAAACUGCAGCUAGAUGUGCACAAGUACUUAGGGCAUUUCUUUAUGCACAAAAGGCAAACUUCACAGACAGAAGACCUCUACAACGAAAACUGGAAUGUAAGAAAAGGGUGCCAAAAUGUGUAAAGUGGUGUUUCAAUCCUAGGCUCUCUAAGUUAACCCUUCCUGGUCAAUGUUCACUUAGUCCCCUGCAUAUUAUUUAGAAGGAUGCUCACAUGAGCAAAUGUUCAGUGUUACAUUAAAAAAUAUAGGGCCUGAUUCUCAUCUUGCUUACUUUAGUGCAAUUCUAGAGUAACUUCCCUUAAAUCAAUGGCAUCACACUAGCCUAAAUUGAUAGAAGUGAGAGAAAAAGCAUGCCCAUAAGCUCAAGAGGAUGGACAGAAAUGUAAAAUCAGAGUUUGGUCCAACAACAUUCUGUAGAAGUGAAAGUUAGCUUUGUAUCAAUGGGAUAGCUGUAAUGGCUGCAUGUUAUUUGGAAUUUUGCUGUUUGAUUAGGUCAUGCCUUCAGUGAAAACAAUUAUGUAUAGCAUUUAUUUAAAGGUUUUCACAGGUCCUAAGCUUUGGGUAAUGGGCCAAAUUCUUGGUUCAGAUACACUGGGGUGAAGUUGUUGCUGGCAAUGGACCUGCUCUGUAUUUGCACCAGUGUAAAAAAAGUAGCAGAAUCCAGCCCUUCAUGAACCAUGUUGUGUUAUGAAAGAGCCAGCUGUAGAAGGUGCAGUGUUUGUGAACUUUUGUCCAUGAAGUGUUAAAACUAAAUCUAUCCAAAUGUAAAUAUUUCAUUGUGUUAAAGCACUUUACUGCCUGCCACUUCACAGUGUGAAAAGCCUAGUUUUGUUGGGGAGAAAAUGAUGCAAAAGUGGCAUAUGAAAUACCUGCUGAAACAGAAGCACUCCUGAAGCCCCCCCUAAAUAUGGACAACAUUAAUGGUUUAAAGGGAAUGGUCCUCUUUCAGCCUUGGCACUGACCCCCUCCGAGACUCUAAGGAUGCAAUUUGAAAGUUAAUGUAUUUGCACUGAAGUGCCAGCUUCAGACCAACAUUUGGAAUCCAUGGGUAUUGACUGUGAUGAAACUUCACACGCAACGAAAAAAAAAGAGGCUUUGAUGCAAGAACACAAUUGCCAGAGAAGGAGAAUUCUACCUGCAGAAGAAGAGAUGGACUGUUUAAGUGAAAAGGACUCUAAUUCAUAUCUCUGAAUUGUGUGAUUCAUGGUGGACCUGGAGUUUAUUUUAUUUUGAUUUUAGUAUUUAAAACUAUACCUUCAUUUUUAUUUGCAAUAUAUUUCCAAUAUAUUAUAUAUUUCCACAUGAGCACCAGUAUGGAAUACUGUAUAUCACCAAGUUAUUGCAGUUUUCAGCACUAGAUUAUGCUUUUUUCUGUAAUGUAUCUGUAAAUUUCAUUGCAUAAAUAUAUUCUCUUCAUCAACACAAGGUAAAAAAAGAGAGGAGGAACUGCAGUGCCGAAAAAAAACCCAUAAGUCUGCUUCACGUGAGUAUUUUUUUUCAUGGUCCUGUGGACUUGCAAAAAUGAUGCUAUUUUGGUAAGUUGUUUUUAUAUCUCCUGUGUGUAAUAAAUAUAAUAUGAUUUUAACAGUCUCAUCUCUUGCUAUUGUUUAUGCCACUAGGAUGAUGGUUCUGAUGUCCGGAAUGCUAGAAGAUAAAAUGUUUCAGGGUUGUUGGUAGUAGCCA